UAAAUCGAACCGAAUCGAAGCAGCCCAGUGUUGGAAAGUCCAAUCAUUUUUGACAGCUCUCAGUUUGACAACUUUGUACGAGAACGUUGCGACGUGAAAUUGUGAAAUUUCCAGAAAUUUGCUUAUCUUGUUUUAUUUUUGUAUCAAAAAAAUGAGUCAAUUGGUUGCCAAGGCAAAGGCACUGGCCAACAAAAUGAUUGUGGCAGCACGUCCGCAGCUCGAUGAAUUCUGGAAAUACGCCAAGGUGGAGCUGUCGCCGCCGCUGCCCGCGGACUUCCAGAAGCUGAAGCAGACCGCGGAGUCCGCCAAGAAGGCCUCCAAGAAGGAUAUGAAGGGGCAGCUGAAGAAGUCCGGGCUCUCCCAGGUCACCGUCGCUGAGGCCUGGCUCAAUAUGCUGGUCACCGUGGAGGUGAUCACCUGGUUCUACAUGGGCGAGGUCAUCGGUCGUCGUCACCUGGUCGGCUACAAGGUUUAGACUGAGCAUACAUAUGAAUUAUACUCUCCCCAUGUUGUUGUGUUGUAUGCAAAUGGCCCGUUGCAUUUAUAUCUUUUCCUGCGGCCAGCUGCACUGAAUACAGGCGCAUUACAAGCAUUACAAUCAUGGGUGUAGCUAUUGUCUUUCCCUAUUAAUUCGCUGUCGUAAACCUCAACUAGUUAAAUUCCUAUCUUCGUAUCCUGUACGACACUCAUUUCAGAGAUAUUAAAAACCUCAUAAAGCUUCA